AUGGAGGUUCCGCCCGCUGCCUUCACGCUUCAGCUUAUCGCUCGGCGGUGUAAAUACUACGCAUUCAUCAAUGCAUUCAUCUGCAGCGUCGCUCUGAGCAGCUACUUGGCUGUGGGUUCUCUCAAUCGAGAAGCUGAGUCUCCCGAAACAUUGGUGCAGCUGGUAGUGGUCUACGCGGUAAGUCUGUUGCGGAUUCUGGUGAUGCUCAAGUGGUUCGAGUGGAUCGCGACCAAGAAGUCGCAGAUCGACGACUACAAGCGAGUGAAGCUCACACACAAGCAGGUCACAGCCAUCUACCUCCGCAUCCUAUGGCUGGUAGUGCCUACCGAGUGUAUCUCCUUCUGGCUCGCAGACCAGACUGCUGUACCAUUGCGAGAUAAUGUGACUUGGCUGUCUUUCGUACUGGAAUACGCUAUGUUCAUCCCCAAGUCGCUAGUGUUUGAGAUCACCUUCGACUUCUUUCACUUCGCGAUGCACUGGCUGUGCCACUACAGUACAUGGCUCUACAAGAAUGUGCACAAACAGCACCACCUCCACUUGCAUCCGUGUCCUCUAUCGACGUACGAGCAAGACGGCUUCGAUUUGUGCCUGACUAAUGCUCUGCCAUUCUGUUUGGCGUGCAGUCUCGGCUUCUCCUUCUCGGAUCUUCAGCUGCAUCUGCUGUUUGCAUACAAGACAUACGUGGAAGUCGCCGGCCACUCCGGACUGGACAUCAAAGGCUUUUCGUUCCCGCAGAUGCCGUUGGUGAACAAUAUUACAGGUAUUUGUCUCCGCGUACAUGAUCACGACCUGCAUCACACUCAUCCGCGUUGGAAUUUUGCUAAAAGAUUUUCGCUUUGGGACAAGCUCUUUCGUACGUUCCGUUCUGGUAAGCAGCUUUCGUAA